UAAUAUAUCAGAUAUGUAAGGGCAUAUAAAAUCAGUCAGAUUCCUUCUGGUGUUACAAAACUUUAAAAUGCAUGCUUUGUACUGUGAUACAAACGUGGGUGUUGGAUUCUGUUCCUAACAUCUCACUCGCUGGAAUGCAUUUCUUUUUAUGCAAACACUUCUGGAACGGCGGGGUCAGCUCACACCCUAUUUUAUUAUCGGUGCGCAUCGGGACUAUACGCAGACCGAAGGGACGACUCACGGGUCUUGUUUUCCCGUCGAUGAUCUUAGCUGCGUGAGCAGGCGAAGCUUCUCACGUUUCGCCAAGACGAUCUAUCUGUGUCAGAGAAGCGGGACGCUACUAUUUAAGACCCCCCAGCUUAAGUUCAGAUAAACCUUUCAGCUCUACUGCGUCAAGAUCUGUUACGGAAAGUGGACAGGGUGUGCAGUUAUGAAAAGGCACCCGAAUACACGUCCAGAGCAACUCCCCCAGACGUGUUGAUUGGCUGCUUCGGCAAUGACCUGCAGCAGUAGUGCCUUUGCUCGACACCUGCUGGAGGACAUCCAUCUCACAGACGGUGCCUCUGCCCCUCAGCCAAGUCGCUCGACCGGAGGAGACCCCCGGCGCUGUGGCGUGGGAAGCCGGCUCGCUCAGGCAGGCUGGAGGGCCUCAGGGCAGGGCCAGUGGUGAUGGGGGCCAUGGCCUUUUCUGGGACAGGGUAUCUGCCCAAGCGUGACCCGCUAACCUUCUGCGAUGGUGACAUGAAGGAGGCACACUGUGAAGCGACAUACUUUUAAGUUCAUCUUACAUUUUUUUCGUUGUGGUCCCCUAUGUAUGAAAGUGAUUGCUCUUUACGGUCUCGUGUGCCGUGAAUCCGCGCCGGGCCAGACAAUGCUGAUCUGUGGGCCCGUGCGGCGGUUCCUCCGCCAGCUCAGCCUGCAGACCAGCCUGCUCCUGCUCUUCAUCUUCUGCGCGGCCAGCGUCUUCAUCUCGGCCUACUUCCUGUAUGGCGUCAAGCGCGACCUGGAGCCGGUGGAGAACCUGCGCUCGGAAAGCCCGUCCGACUGCGACGGCUCCAGGGUCAACCCCUCGCGGCGGCCCCUCCUGAGGACCGUCGUCCCCUCCACCGCGUCCCGCACGGAUCCCGUCGUGCUGGUGUUUGUGGAGAGCCUUUAUUCCCAGCUGGGCCAGGAGAUCGUGGCCAUCCUGGAGUCCAGUCGCUUUAAAUACCGUAUGGAGAUCUCCCCCGGCAAGGGCGACAUGCCCACCCUCACAGACAAGGACCGCGGCCGCUUCAAGCUGGUUGUCUAUGAGAACAUCCUCAAGUACGUCAACUUGGAUGCCUGGAACCGCGAGCUUCUAGACAAGUACUGCGUGGAGUAUGGAGUGGGCAUCAUCGGCUUCUUCAAGGCCAAUGAGAACAGCCUGCUGAGUGCCCAGCUGAAGGGCUUCCCUCUCUUCCUGCACUCGAACCUGGGCCUGAGCGACUGCAGCGUCAACCCCAAGUCACCCCUGCUGUACAUCACCAAGGCCAGGGCCGCUGAGCGCGGACAAUUGCCGGGGGACGACUGGACCGUCUUCCAGUCCAACCACUCCACCUAUGAACCGGUGCUGGUGGCCCGGGCCAAGUCACCGGAGUCCCCCCCGGGGGUGGGUGCGAGCCCCACCCUGCACGCCACCGUGGUGCAGGACCUGGGCCUUCACGACGGCAUCCAGCGCGUCCUCUUCGGCAAUAGUCUCAACUUCUGGCUGCACAAGCUGGUCUUCGUGGACGCCGUGUCCUUCCUGACGGCCAAGCGCCUCUCGCUCUCCCUGGACCGCUACCUGCUAGUGGACAUCGACGACAUCUUCGUCGGCAAGGAGGGCACGCGCAUGAAGGUGUCCGACGUUGAGGCCCUACUUCAGACCCAGAAUGACCUCCGGGAUUACGUGCCUAAUUUCACCUUCAAUCUGGGCUACUCAGGGAAGUUCUUUCAUGCUGGCACUGACGAGGAGGACCUGGGGGACGACCUGCUCCUGUCCUACGCCGGCCAGUUCUGGUGGUUCCCCCACAUGUGGAGCCACAUGCAGCCACACCUCUUUCAUAACCAGACCGUGUUGGCCGAGCAGAUGCUACUCAAUAAGAGGUUUGCCACAGAACAUGGUAUCCCCACCAACAUGGGUUACGCUGUGGCCCCCCACCACUCGGGGGUGUACCCUGUUCACGUGCAGCUGUAUGAUGCCUGGAAGAAGGUGUGGGGUAUCCGGGUGACCAGCACGGAGGAGUACCCACACCUCAAACCUGCACGCUUCCGGCGCGGGUUCAUUCACAGAGGCAUCAGCGUACUGCCCAGGCAGACAUGCGGCCUCUUCACCCAUACCAUCUUCCACAGCGAGUACCCGGGGGGGCCGAAGGAGCUGGACCGGCUGAUUAAUGGCGGCGAGCUUUUCCUCACCAUCCUGCUCAACCCCAUCAGCGUCUUUAUGACCCACCUGUCGAAUUACGGGAAUGACCGGCUGGGCCUGUACACCUUCAAGAACCUGGUGAAGUUCAUCCAGACCUGGAGCAACCUGAAGCUACAGACUCUACCGCCUGUGCAGCUGGCCCAGAGGUACUUCCAGAUCUUUCCACAGGAGAGAGACCCCAUCUGGCAGGAUCCCUGUGAGGACAAAAGGCACAAAGAUAUCUGGUCCAAGGAGAAGACAUGUGACCGAUUCCCAAAGCUGCUCAUCAUCGGACCCCAGAAAACAGGUACCACUGCUCUUUACCUGUUUCUGGCCAUGCACCCUGACAUGACCAGCAACUACCCCAGCAAGGAGACCUUUGAGGAGAUCCAGUUCUUCAAUGGCCACAACUACCAUAAAGGAAUCGACUGGUACAUGGAACACUUUCCACUGCCCUCUAACACCAGCUCCGACUUCUACUUUGAGAAGAGUGCAAACUACUUUGACUCGGAGGUGACGUCGAGGCGGGCGGCGGCCCUGCUACCCAAGGCCAAAAUCAUCACCAUCCUCAUCAGCCCGGCAGACCGGGCCUAUUCCUGGUACCAGCACCAACGGGCCCAUGGCGAUCCCGCAGCCUUGAAGUACACUUUCCAUGAAGUCAUCACGGCAGCUCGUCACGCCCCGCUCAAACUGCGCAUCCUGCAGAACCGCUGCUUGGUUCCGGGCUGGUACGCCACCCAUCUGGAGCGCUGGUUCAACCACUACCAUCCCAGUCAGAUCAUGGUUCUUGAUGGUCAAAGGCUGAGAAGUGAGCCUGCAUCCGUGAUGGAUAAAAUCCAGAAGUUUCUCGGUCUGGUGAACACUGUAAAUUACCACAAGAUUCUGACAUUUGAUCCCAAGAAAGGAUUCUGGUGUCAACUGUUGGAUGGGGGCAAGACCAAGUGCCUGGGAAAGAGUAAAGGCAGGAAGUACCCAGACAUGGACUCCGAUUCGCGAUCCUUCCUGACGGAAUACUACAGGGAGCACAACAUCGAGCUUUCCAAGCUGCUCUACAAGACGGGUCAGGCUCUGCCCAGCUGGCUCCGUGAGGAGCUGGUCAACGGCAGGUAGCGGGGCCGCUGCGGAUGGCUGGAAGAGAGGGCGGCUCGGCGGAGAGCAGCAGGAGGCCGGGGAGGCGAUCUCCCCUGGACCCGGGACCCAACGCGCCGCGGCACACGGACCAGGAGGCGGGGAGGCGCCGUCACGGGGCCCACGAGAGGCUGCCGGUCACUCUCGGUUUGCCGUAGGCUCCGGGAGGGAGAACCCGAAAGGGGAGAGACGCAUGGUCCACUGGGAUUCUGGAUGGGGCUUUGGAAAGAAUGCCAAAUCCCCCCCCCCCCACACCCACCCCA